AUGUAUCUGUCUGAUGGCUCCUUGUUGCGUGACCAGCCGUCCCAACUGCCAAAGGUCUUGAUGAAGGGCUCCCCACUGAAGCGAGCCGACUGGGUGAAGAAACCGCUGAGCUCGGACGGGAGCGUACACAUGGAAAUCUCAAAAGCCAUGGUGUUCAGCGAGACAUCCGACAGGAUCGCACUCACUGAAACGUCAGAGAAGAUGGGCGAUUCUCAUCUGCUAUACUUGUCGCAAUGUACUCCGCAGAUCUUCUCUUCCACUAUCAGCUUGCCAUUAUCGAGGAGCAGCACCAUCUGGCUGUCGCAGCUCCUCUCCAACGCCGCGACUCGGUUCGUCAAUCCCUCCUUCCGGGACUUCGACGCCAAAAGCAAGCUUAGCGAAGAGCUCCAGGACGUCUCGGAUGACCCAGUUCCACCGCCAGUCGUAAAUUGGGGGCUUUUGCAAACACUUCACGAGGGACGGUACAUUAACUGCCUCGAAAGCGGCGCCAAACUCGGCCGUCCACGUAUCAAGACGACGUUGCUAAUCGUCCAAGACAGCGCGCAGGGUCUUGAUCUCCUGGUCCUGCACCGUCGUGGCAACAUCGCCGGCCGUCAGGCCGGCCAACGCGCGGGCCGCCGCCUGUUCAUGGCCGUGCAGCUCGUCUCCACCGUCGACGAUACAGGAUCCGUCAAAGUGCUGGAUCAUGAGUCUUGCGCGAUCCCGAGGCUGGUCGGGCCAUUAGCCAUGUCUCGCAGCACAGAUGCGGUCCCUCGUGCGACAAAAUGUUCCAUCUACUUGGUGCCACACAACCUGGCCUCUGGCUGCAUGGUCACGGCGGUGAGCAGGGCCUCAUCCUGCAGGCCGGGCUCUGAAGGCUCAUUUCGCAUCCGAAGUCUUCCUCAGGGAAGACACGGUGAUAGCUCCGCGCAGCUUGAUGCUCACCAGUUUGGAUACCAUGGCCUUUGUGGAGGCACCCAGCUUGCCACCGGAUAG